AUGAGCUGCCUUUGCCUCACCUCAGGGCUUCUUGUCCUUCUGGCCUGCCUGGUGACUGUCACUCAGUGGGACAGAGCCUAUGCCUAUCCGGCCUUCUGCUGGGAUCCUCCCUACAAGGGUCCCUGCAAGGCCCGCAAGAUGAGAUGGUUCUUCAACUCCAAGUCUGGGCUCUGCGAACCCUUUGUGUAUGGAGGCUGCAAAGCAAAGCGGAAUCACUUUCUGGAGAAGGAACAGUGCUUGAGCCUCUGCAGCGGCAUAGAGCCAGAACCUGCAGGAGAAACCGAGGCGCCCGAGAUGGAGCCAGAGAGCUGGGAGUCCGCGUUGCCCUGAUGGCCGACGUCCGGCAGGCCCACACAGAGCCGUGGCUGCUCCCCACCCCGCCUGCCUCUGUCUUCCUCCCCAGGUUCAUGCUUGUGUCUGCACUGUCUGUUCCAGUGGACUCUAAGCUCCGCCGAGCAAGAGUCAUGUGAUUUGUUUAUUUCCACCACUUUGUCCGGUGCCGGGCACAGCUCCUGGCAGAGGGAAGGCCUCCAUCAAGAUUUCCAGAAUGAAUGAGUGAAUGAGUGAGCACGUCUCUCCACUGGUCUGAAUCUCAGGCUAGACGUUUGAAGCCCAGACUCCAGUCCUGACCUGCACCUUCACCAGUCCUCACCUUCACCCCACCCCACUCCCCUGGUUUCUUGGGGGGGGGCGGCAGCAGUGAAGUUUCUGGCAUCAGGGGUAGUUCCACUGCUUUCCCUCAGUGAUGCCUCACCUCUCCCUCCCUGUGGGUUCAAACUCUGCUGCUCUGUGUCUAAACAAAUUUAUGUUCCAAUUAAGCUAGACGGUAGAUUCUGUGGCUUGCAGCUGGGACUUGAAUGACAGGCUCGCAUGCAACAGAAGGCCCCGUUCAUAAGCGUGGAGGACUUCGUGGAAUUUUGCAGGGCAGCACACACCUCCCCUUUCCCUGCCUGCAGCCUGUGCCCUGCCCAGGGCUUGGCAAACUCACCGCCCAGCCACCAACCUCUUCAUGACCACCCCAAGCUGCACAGAAACUUGGGUGACACUCCAGCCUUAGAAGUUUCGUUUUUUACUUCUUGGGCCAGGUCAAACAUUGCAGCAGGUUGUCUGAAGGAGAAGGAUGGAAGGUGAAGGUCAGCUGUGCUCUGGCCCAAGGAACGCCCAUGCUGUGUGUGUGGGGGGGUGGGUAAGUGGGAGACUGGCCAUUUCAAUGCCAACAGCAGCCACCCAUGAGGUGAGCGUUUUACAUGGGCUGGACCCGGGCUUAGCAUUUUGUACAGACAGGCACAAGUGUGGCAUUGAGACCUCAGCUUCAGAUUACUACCCUGAAAGA